AUGAAUUAAAAAGAACAAAUUAACCCAUUCAAAGCUUAUGGAACAAAGGAAGUUUGGGAAAAAAUAAAUGAAUCUGGGAAAAACAAGGAAGUAACUAUAGGCUUUUAAUAGUUAGUAUGUGAGAUUUCCAGGAAUUGGCAUUGAACAAACUCCAUUCUAUUAAAUGUAAAAAUAACACGCAGAAAAAAACCAAAGCAAGAAAUAGGACUUCUUAAGCAAGUUAAAUAAAUUUGAAUAUUUUCCUUCAGGAAAUCAAAAGAAGUUAGACAUACAAGGAAUGGUAUAGUUACAUAAUAUAAAUAAGUUUUCUCAAAUUGAUGAUGUUAAAAAAUACUAAGCAAGAAUGGAGAGGAUAGACCCAAUUAACAAAAACUGUAUUCUUUUGGAUUUAUUCAUUUUAGUGUUGUAACAUAAAUUGCACAAAGCAUUAGAAACAGCUUCAUUUUUAUGGGGUGAUUAGAUGAGACAUGAUGGGAGCUUGGGGACUUUAGAUUCAAUCAACAAUUUAUUGAAUUAGUCAUAAAAGAAGCUUGAAUAACGAAAUCAGAGUUCAUAAUUUAUAUUUACAAAGGGACAUCAUAAGGUAAGGCUUGGACACGAAAUAUGA